AUGCAGGCAAAGACUCAAAUUGAAAGAUUUACAAUCAACAACAUCAAUGUGUUUGACCAAACCAAACAAAGUCAAUUGCCUUUUAACCAGAAGAAAUAUAAUUCAUUAUCUGAGCUGCAUCAGAGAGCUUUAAAAAAGGCCUUAAAGAGUAAGAAUGGACACCUGGAUCUUUUCCUGCGUUUUCUUCUGGGUCUCUCAGUGGAGUCCAAUCAGACUCUCUUACGAAAACUACUGACACAGACAGGAUGCUGCUCCUAUAACAAAGAGGAAACAGUUCAGUGCAUCAAGCAGAAGAUCAGUGAGAAUCGCUCUCCAGAGAAAUCCAUCAAUCUGUUCCACUGUCUGAAUGAACUGGGUGAUGAUUCACUGAUGCAGGAGAUCCAAGAUUAUCUGAAAUCUGGAGAAAUAAGAGAAACCAAACUCUCCUCUUCACAGUGGUCCGCUCUGGUUUAUGUGUUGCUGACAUCAGAGCAGAAGAUGGAUGUGUUUGAUCUGAAACAGUUUAUUGGAGCACAACAUACAGCAGAUGAAGUUCUUCAGAAUCUGUUACCUGUGGUUAAAGAAUCCAGAUCAGCUCGGUUAUGUGGAUGUAAUCUCACUGCUCAGUCCUUUUUCCGCAGCUCAGUUUUCCGUGUUUCAGAGAAGCUUGAUUUGCAGUAA